CCCCUUCCGCCGGAUUCCAGAUGCCAGAUUCAUCACCAGCUUUUUUACGGACAAUUCCUCGUCGCUACCUCUCUACUCCGAUCUCCAUAUCUUCUCAUUUCGCUACCGCCUGAGGUAAAGAGGAGUCUUUUUUUGGUGUAAUCAUGUCAAACCACUCUCCUCCUCACAUGGGUAUUCCUGAAGAUCUCUUUUCUGUUGACUGGAAUAGUGCACCAGAUUCAACUGAUUGCCACCAGAAAGAACUUUUGGAGAAUGAGAAUGAUAUCCAUAAUGAAAAUAAUAAUUCUACUAUUCUCAUAAAGGAGGAUGAAAAUAAUGAUUCCACUCCUCCGACAAAUGGGAACGAGAAAAAUUAUUCGACUUCUGUUACAAAGGAGAAUGAUUUGCUCCCUCCAGUUUAUCCUUCUUCUUCUGGUGAAGGUUUUCCUUAUGCUCCAAUGAAUUGGCCGAAUCCUGGUGAUAAUUGGGGUUGGAGAGUGGGGAAGAGGUUCAAUGGUUCUGGAUAUUUUCAAGAUAGAUUUCUAUAUCUUCCAACAAGUCUCCGACAGCGGAAUUCUCAAAAAAUGUUUGCUAGCAAACCAGCACUUGAAAAAUAUAUCCAAUCGCAGUUCCCAGAUGCAGAUAUUGAAGCUUUCUUUGCCUCUUUUAGUUGGAAGAUUCCUGCCAUAAUGGAGACCCCCGCAAAAGUGGAUGUCCCCUCUGCCCCUCAAGAACCCCCUCCAGAAGUAGGAACAGAGGAGACUAAAACAGGACCCCGUGCCAGCCUGCGGAAAAGGAAAGAAAUCAAGCAAGAAAUUACUACCCCUGUAAGCGAACCAAAGAGAAAACAAAGCAAAAAAGGAACUCCCCACUCUAGCCAGGGUAAAGGAAAGCUGAAAGCAAGUGUGGCGCCAACCACAUCUAAGCGACAAACUCGACAAACUCUCAAGCAUUCUGUUGAACUUGCCCCCAAGGAUACAGAUGAUAUGGUUGACUUGUCUGUCUGGGCCGAAGUACCAACAGAGGAAUUUGAUAACUACCUCAAUUCUCUGGACGAGAUUCUUGCUCAGCCGCAGUCUGAAGGUCCAGUGCCUCAUUCUGUGUCCAUCAACUCUUCUGUCCAGGAAGAUGAAAUGGCUGAAGCUCGAAUUAGGCUUUCAUUGCUUCUUGACAUGGACUUUUCUUCAUUGAUCCGCUCUCAAGACCUCAUGGAACUCACAAGUCUUGCAUCAAAACUUCAAAAGGAUCCUAGCCUUAGUGCUGAACAACUUGUGAAGUUAAAGCUGAUUGAAGAGAUUCCAUCAUUCAGUGAAGUGUUUCUAGAGAACAAGGAAGUGAUGGAGCAGGCAGACAAAUUCUUUGAAGCACUUGAGGUCAACAAGGCCAAGGUUACUUCUCUGCGGAAAGAGUACAGCGAGUUAAAGGAACAGGCAACAGCACUGCAGUCAGAGGUGGAUUCUAACUCAUUGAACAUACAAGAAAUUGAUGCACAGAUUGCUCAACUUAAAUCCCAUAGAAAUGAGCUGAUGAAAAUAAUAGAAAAUAAGAAAAAGGACAAGCUUGAGUUGAGCUACAACCAAAGGUUGGUGGCAAAUUCAAUCCCGAAAGUAGUGAAUGCAGUUCAGGAUGCUAACUCCAAAAGGCCAGAAUGGGAGCGGAAGAAGGAAAAUGCAAUCAAGCGUGAGGCUGAAAUUCUUUCUAAGUUUGCAGCUCUAAGAGGGUUUUCCUUUAGGAUUGGUAAUUUCCUUGAUUUCUCCCAUCCCUCACAAGAGUCCGCUCCACAUGGAGCGAGAAUGGAAGGUUUUUCAUCUCAUGGGAAUGGAGAUAGGGAAAAGUCCAUCUCAUUAACCAGGGGAAACUUCUCAUCCCAUGGACAUGGAGAUGGAGGAACCUUCAUGCCCAUGAACAGCUCCAUCUCCAUGCCAAUGAACAGAGAGGGGACAGCUAUGGAAGGGUAUCCUACUGUCCCUCAUUCUCGGGGCCCCCUAUCAUGGUUAUAGGGUUGUGUUGUCUAACAAUCGUUUAUGGUUGAAUCUCACUGUUGUAGUCAUCCCUAUGAAGUUCAGUAUCUAUGCCAGUAUAAGUUAUUGAAGGCGUCUUGAUAAAUGUUUAAAUCCUCAGACUAAAUUAGCUGUAUGAUAAUAAUCAUGUUUUUGCUCAACUGUACUGGAUUAUUGACUUGGUUCGGUAAUCAGUCUAUUUGUUUGGCCAAAGAAAUGUAUUUGAACUUCUUCUUCUUUUUUCUUUUUUUUUUAUAAUUUUCUAAUAAGGUGUUCAGGUUGCUUGAUUUCAUGAUGUUUAGAUACACUCAAGUGUAGCCCUCGUUUGUAACAAAAUAAUCAAUACAUUGUAAUAAACUAAUUUUUUUUCA